GACAAAGCCCGCGCGCGAACAAGACAAACUUCAAGCCCGCCGUGUCCUCUUCACGCCCACAGCCCAUGCCCGGGCCGCUGAUCUCAGCGCCGGUUGACACUCGCAGCCAUGGCUGACUACCACCAGUACGACGGCCCCCCGCGCCCGCGGCCCAAGAGAGCUGUGACCGACUAUGGCUCGACGACCGUGCAAUGGAUGCGCAACCGGCGUCCGCGCUACAAGAACAUGGCUGCCCCUGAGGUCGAACGCCCCAGCGCCAGCUACAUCGUCGACAUGGCCCCUCCCGCCGCUCGAAUCGCAAACGCCGCCGAAUCGAUCCCCGCAAAGGCCCUGCAUUCGUCGCUAAACAAGGUCAAACACCCGAUCAACGUGGUGAAGUGGACGCCCGAGGGGCGGCGACUGCUCACGGGAUCUACCAGCGGAGAGUUCACGCUGUGGAACGGCAUGGGCUUCAACUUCGAGACCAUCAUGCAGGCGCAUGAGUCGGCCAUCCGCGGCGUCGCCUACACGCACACCGACGACUGGCUCCUCUCAGCAGACCAGACGGGCAUCAUCAAGUACUGGCAGACCAACUUCAACAACGUGAAGGAAAUCCAGGCACACACGGAAGCAAUUCGCGGGCUGGCCAUUGCGCCGACAGACUCCAAGUUCGUGACCGCCGCCGACGACACGACGCUGAAGAUCUGGGACUUUGCCUCGAGCGCCGAGGAAUUGACGCUCAACGGACACGGCUGGGAGGUGCGGACUGUCGACUGGCACCCGACCAAGGGGCUGCUCUGCUCGGGGUCAAAGGACCACACGGUCAAGCUCUGGGAUCCGCGGACAGGCCGCUGUCUGUCGACCCUGCAUGGACAUAAGAACCCAAUAGCAAAGACAUUGUUCGAGCCCGUGCUCGGAAACAUGAUGGCGACGUGCGCCCGUGACCACACCGCGCGCAUCUUCGACCUGCGCAUGAUGCGCGACGUGCUGCUGCUGCGCGGCCACGAAAAGGACGUCACCACCAUGGCCUGGCACCCGAUGCACAAGAAUCUGCUCUCGACAGGUGGUGUAGACGGCAGCAUCUUCCACUGGCUGCUCGACGAACAGAACGCCCCGCCCGGCAUCGCGCCCACUACCUCCCCCUACGACACGGCAGACGCCCAAAACGCGCCCGCGCAGACCAUCUACCCCGCCCACAAGGUCCAGUACGCCCACGACUUCACCGUCUGGACCCUCGACUGGCACCCGUUGGGCCACAUCCUCGCCUCGGGCUCCAACGACCGCGUCACGCGCUUCUGGGCGCGCCCCCGCCCCGGUGACGCCUCCUGGACCGCAGACAGAUACCAUAUUGGCACCGCCGCCGCCGAAGCACAGGGGACUUACGACCGGCGCGACGGCCGGCGGCAGAUGCGCGACGAGGAGGAGCAGGAAGCGGAGGACGAGGCAGAGGGCCUGGUCGACCAGAAGCUCCCGCCCAAGAACCCCGGCGCGCCGCUCCUCCCGCCGGGCCUCACACUUCCCGGCCUCAACACCUCGCCCGACGGCACGAGCAGCAUCCUCCCUGGCAUCGGCGGACUGCCUCCACCCCCAGGUGGAUUACAAAUCCCGCCUCCACCCCCGGGCCAGGGCUUCCCGCCGGGCUUCCCACCUGCCAUGGACCCCGCGCCGUGGGAGCGUCGGCGCGCGCCGCUGCCGAGUCAGCAGGACAGCCUGAAGGCGGAGAUGCGGCGGGGGAAUUAUCGCAAGGCGCGGUAG